CUUUGUUAGACAGUCAGUCCCCAUUCGGAUUCUCACAACCAAAAAGAUUGGUUGCCUCGGCCAUUCAGAAUCACACUACUUUUUCCAUAAGAUCAAAACCCUUUUCCAUCUUUGGUUUCUAUACUCUUGUCUCUCAGAAACCAAGAAGAGGCCAUAUGAGCUAUCUCCUCAGGAAAAGAACCAUGCUUAUAGUAAGAAGCUUCACCAUCUUGCUUCUCAGCUGCAUAGCCUUUAAGUUGGCUUGCUGCUUCUCUAGCAGCAUUUCUUCUUUGAAGGCGCUUCCCCUAGUUGGCCACUUGGAGUUUGAAGAUGUGCAUCACGCCUCCAAAGAUUUUGGGAAUAGAUACCAGUUGAUUCCUUUGGCGGUCUUACAUCCCAAAUCGGUAAGCGACAUCGCCUCAGCGAUACGACACAUCUGGAUGAUGGGCCCUCAUUCACAGCUUACAGUGGCAGCGAGAGGUCGUGGACAUUCACUCCAAGGACAAGCACAAACAAGACAUGGAGUUGUUAUACACAUGGAAUCACUCCAUCCCCAGAAGCUGCAAGUCUACAGUAUGGAUGCUCCUGCUCCAUACGUUGAUGUGUCUGGUGGUGAGCUGUGGAUAAACAUUUUGCAUGAGACCCUCAAGUACGGGCUUGCACCAAAAUCAUGGACGGAUUACCUACAUUUAACUGUAGGUGGUACUCUGUCUAAUGCUGGAAUCAGCGGCCAGGCAUUCCGACAUGGACCACAAAUCAGCAAUGUUCAUCAACUGGAGAUUGUCACAGGAAAAGGCGAGAUCCUAAACUGUUCAAAGAGGCAGAACAGCGACUUAUUUGAUGGUGUUCUUGGUGGUUUAGGUCAGUUUGGCAUCAUAACGCGGGCAAGAAUAGCAUUGGAACCAGCACCAACCAUGGUAAAAUGGAUAAGAGUGUUGUACCUGGAUUUUUCAGCUUUUGCCAAGGACCAAGAGCAACUAAUAUCUGCCAAGGGCCACAAAUUCGAUUACAUAGAAGGGUUUGUGAUAAUAAACAGGACAGGCCUCCUGAACAACUGGAGGUUAUCCUUCACCCCGGAAGAGCCUUUAGAAGCAAGCCAAUUCAAAUCUGAUGGAAGGACUCUGUAUUGUCUGGAGCUAGCCAAGUACUUGAAGCAAGAUAACAAAGAUGUAAUCAACCAGGAAGUGAAAGAAACGUUAUCAGAACUAAGCUACGUGUCGUCGACACUGUUUUCAACGGAGGUAACAUAUGAAGCAUUCUUGGACAGGGUACAUGUGUCUGAGGUAAAACUUCGAUCGAAAGGGCAAUGGGAGGUGCCACAUCCAUGGCUGAACCUGCUGGUACCAAGAAGCACAAUCAGAGAAUUUGCAAAAGGUGUAUUCGGAAACAUACUAACGGAUACAAGCAACGGCCCAGUCAUCGUAUACCCAGUGAACAAAUCAAAGUGGGACAAUCAAACAUCAGCAGUAACACCGGAGGAAGAGGUAUUCUAUUUGGUGGCGAUCCUGACGUCGGCAGUCCCAGGGAAGGAGGAUGGAGGAGUAGAACAGAUAUUGAAGCGGAACAGAAGAAUACUUGAAUUCAGUGAAGAAGCAGGGAUAGGGUUGAAGCAGUAUCUGCCACAUUACACAACCAGAGAAGAGUGGAGAUCCCAUUUCGGGGCCAAGUGGGGAGAAUUCGUGAGGAGGAAAUCCAGAUAUGAUCCAUUGGCAAUACUUGCGCCUGGCCAGAGAAUUUUUGAAAAGGCUGUCUCAUACUCAUGACCCGUCGUCGUCUCGUCCGUGGAACAAAGAAAGAUGCAUGUCGUUUUCGUGGAAUUAUUUAGGCCUUUUGUUCCUACUCUAUAUAAGUAAACAUUGUACAUACUG